AUGAGUAGCAGUUUGACGAAGUAUAUCUGCGGUGUUCGCCAGAAUUAUCCUACAGACCCGCUGGUUACCAUUAUGCUUGCAGGACGACGCGCACACAUCAUCUUUGAUUCGAAACUCGUGAGCCAAGUCCAUCGACUGCCAAAAACGAUCACAUUCGAGCCUACAGGGAUCAACGUGGCAUUUGGAGUUCCACAUGAAGACAAUGAAAUCAUGAUGAGUAAGAUUUCUGACCGCGGCGAGGGCGAUUACAGUGGCUAUCAAGACCUGCACAACUCCCUCAUCGGGACCCUGGAGGGGGAGAACCUUGAGCGCAUGAUCCAGUUCUUCAUCACUCAGCUCAAUAAAAACCUUGACCGUGAAUUCGCGUCUGACUGCCAGCGGGCUCAUUCCGAGCCCGUAGAUCUCUGUGCAUUGGUGAAGAGGCACUACACCCUGGCAGCAAUUCCAUAUCUUUUCGGCACACGCAUCCUCGACAUGUGGCCGACCCUAAAUGAGGACUUCUGGCACUUUGACAGCCACCUGAUGGGGUUGACCCUACCACUACCUGCUUUUGCCAACCGAAAGGGCAACCACGCCCGACAAAAGAUGAUAGAUGGGAUACGCUGUUGGGAAGAUCGGGCGACGACCAACCGACCUCUGCCGCAGGUGGAGAAAACGGACCCGGACUGGGAUGAUUAUUGGGGUGAACGACUAACACGGGAGCGAUACCGGUUGCUUUUGGAACGUGGCUUGAGUGAAAGAGGACGAGCUGGAUUCCACUUGGGGUUGCUGUGGGCACAAAAUGCCAACACAGUUCCUAUCGGACUGUGGAUGCUUAUUCAAACCAUCCUAGACCCCGUCCUGCAUGGCAAAGUCCGUGGAGCUGCCGAGUCCUGCCGCAAGGCUGACGGGACAUUUGACCUGCAUGCGCUUGUUACGAAUCCCAUCCUCAAAUCGUUAUUUCUAGAGGCCCUCCGCUUUGGAGUGGCCGUUGCCCCUGUGCGCGCAGUCACCGAAUCCACCCUACUCGGUGGCCAGUACCAUCUUCAAAAAGGCGAUCUCGUCUUUCUUCCGGCGCGACCUGCCCAAACUGACGCCGGAAUAUGGUCCUCAUCUUUCAGUGGAAUGAAAGCUAUGGACUCGAGGUCCGAUCCACGACAUUUCUGGGCGGAGCGAUUCAUGGAAUAUGGAGAGAUAGGCGAGGAUCAGCCAAUAACUGCCGGUGUCAUGGAAAUGAAUUCUUCUCCACGGACGGUGGGUAGCCGUCGAGUUGAGGCCUUGUCUCUGCCCGCCGGAGUACGGUCCAAGCAGCUACGUAGUCAGCUCUCCCAUGUUCGCCCAUUUGGGGGUGGCCAUUGGCUCUGUCCCGGGCGUAAUUUGUCUAUGUAUGAGAUAAUUGCAGGUUUGGCAGUGCUCAUCUGUCGGUUUGACAUCCAGGCGGAGGAGGCCAUGCUACAGUCGCAGGGCCGACCUUGUCCCGAUUUCUCUCGGGUUGGUGGGAUGGACCCAGAUCGCCCGAUUAUCGUGAGGGUCCGGCCGAGAUGA